UUAGUCAAGCCAGCAUGUGUAUCCAUGUGUCCAUCGUUGCAUGAAAAACUCCACUCUUACCUCACCCUUUAAAAUUCCUCCAAUCUCUCUGCCAUCUUGCACCCCUCAGAGAGAGAUAGAGAGAGAGAGAGAGAGAGAGAGAGAGAGCAGCCCAUCUUCAGUUUUCUCUGGCUAAUCUCUCUUCUGGGUUUCUCUCUUCCUCGCUUGUCUUUCUUCUCCAAAAAGGAAAGAGCUAGAGGGAGAGAAAAUUAAGCCCGCGUCAAUAAAAACACCAAAAAUGGAUGUCUAUGGAGGAUUGUCUACCACCACUGCACCUGAUUAUUUCCACAUUGAUGACCUUUUAGACUUCUCUAAUGACGACCUCCUCUCCUCACCCUCCUCCUCCAUCGACCACCACCACCACCUUCCUCCACCUGAAACCCCCUCCAUCCAUCACCACCACUUCCCCUCCUCCACCUAUAUUAAUAACCCUUCUUCUCUCUCCACUGACUUCACUGACCAUCUCUCAGUCCCAACCGAUGACGUGGCAGAGCUAGAGUGGCUAUCGCAAUUCGUGGAGGACUCGUUCUCCGACUUUCCGAGCAUCAUUAAUAUCCCAACCGACACGUCGUUUUGCAACAAAUCUCGCAGCAAACGCUCACGAGCCACCGCCCCCACCGCGACGUCCUCCUCGCCGGAGCUCGAAACUGCGGUGACCGGCAAAUCGAGAUUGAAGAAGGAAAACGACGGAGCGCCGCAUUCUCCGGCGGAGGAGGGGACAGUGCGGAGGUGCACUCACUGCGCGUCUGAGAAGACUCCUCAGUGGAGGACGGGUCCGCUGGGUCCAAAAACGCUAUGCAAUGCCUGUGGAGUCAGGUAUAAGUCGGGCCGGCUUGUACCAGAAUAUCGACCCGCAGCGAGUCCGACUUUUGUGUUGACUCGGCAUUCGAACUCGCACCGUAAAGUUUUGGAGCUCCGAAGACAGAAAGAGAUGACGGUGAGGCAGCAGCAGCAGCAACAGCACGGUUACCAAGGCUAUGAAGUUUGCUAGCGUGUCAUGAUCUCAGCGGCUUGAAAUCUGUAGGGUAGUAACUGGCUAACUGCUGGUUAUUUUAUCAAGCUGCUUUCUAUUGUUAAAAGAAUUGAGAAAGAAAAUACUCUAGUGUUGUUAGUUGUUGGUAAUUGGAUCUUGAACUUAAUCAUUUCUAACAUAAUUUUGGUUUUAAA